GAGUAGGUGAGCUCGAGGUGAGUCAGUAGAGGCCUCGAGGACCCACAACCAGCUCCACCUCCAGGCUCCAACUCGCCCCGCGCUUCCCUUGGCGCCGCUCCGCUCCUUAUCGCUAUCAGGUAAUCGCUUCUGUUGUCCGACUAGGUACAGCCCAGUACUUGCCUGGCCAUACUCCGUACAUCCAUCUCAACCCCUCCUUAUACUUCCUCCACACUACCACACCACAACUCUAUCUCCUCCACUCCACCACCACCCAUUCCCAUCACCGCCUGCUCCCGACUCUCGCCUUGCCUCGUUCUUUCCCGCAACACAUCUUGAGGCUUCCGUCUUCUAACAACAACACCAACGUCUUCCUCCACCCCGCCUUAUCGUCUCCCUUGAGCCCGGAAUCUUCCUGCAGCGGAGAACGUAUGUGUUUCAUCACGCCCUCCACUUCAGUUCUCGUAUAACUGAACACAAACAGCGCUCAAGGGCCUCAACGACACCAUCGGAAUUGCUCAUUACCAUCAAUAUAAUCUCCUCAUAAUCACCAGAUGAGUAGUGACAAGAUGCAUCAUCAAGGUACGUUCUGCCAUCAGUUUGUUGCUCACCGGAUCCGCGAACAAGGCUGUAUUCACCCCACACCCCACACUACACAAUAUACUAUAUGCUAUGGAAGACUCCGAUCUUAGGAACAUCAUCACAGCUGUAGUAUCGCCUUGAUGGUUCCCUCAAUUCUCUAGAUUAUCUUCACCUGCCUGUCUGUCGGCGAUAGCCGACGCUGACGCUGACGCUGACCGACUAUAGUUUCCGUAACCCUCACUCCCAUAACAGGCAAUUUCGCCCCACGCACCCUUCUCCUCACACCAAGAGACGAUACAACUCCCAUCGGCCGAGCUUCCAAGAGUGUUGUGAAAGGAAUUCUGGGUGCGGAAGACAAUGCCUGGUUUGACAGUCCCGUAAUGUCUCGCGAUCAUGCUGAACUCCGCCUGAAUUCCAGUACAUCGGUAAGCAAAACGCAUAAUUGUGAUGACCAUGCUAACUCUGUUAAGACUGUCACUAUUCACGACAGAGGAUCUAUGCACGGCACAUUCUUAAAUGACAAUAAACUUGAGGAGAUGAAGGAUGCCGCCUUAAAUAAGGGUGAUAUCUUGGUAUUUGGUGCUGAAGUGAAGCGGGGUCUGGAAGUUUUCCCUGCCUGCUCUUUCAAAGUAGACCUCGCAUUUGCUCCCUACAAGUAAGCAUUCUGAUCUCUGCGAAGCAUCUUCAUGAUGCCCCUUGAGCAUAUACUGAUUUUACUUCACAGUUCGGGAAACACCUUUUCUGCUCCAGAUUCCGACCUUGACGAGGACGAAGAAAUGUAUGGUUCUAGUGACAAUGAUAAGGAUGAGCGUGAUCAAGUGUCCAGCGUUGAUGGUAUAUCUAUCGAAAGUCCUUCUGCUGUUGACCACAUUGCCUGCCCCCAACCCAUCAAAGUUGUGCGUUCAAUCCAGGCAAUUGAUCUUACCGGUGAUGACUCGCCUAUUCUCUCAGGAAGUUCUCAAAUCAUCGACCUCUUGUCACCUUCUCCCGAUUUCCAAGCCAUGGAAGCAGCGCCGGAUACAUCGACGAAUAUGGGUCGUACAGUCCAGCAAGGAAGGGUUGUAAUGCACUCUGAGGAUGGUGCAUCGCUAUUUGUAGGAGAUAGUGAGGAAGAUUACUCUGAACUCGACGAUCGUUCCGAGGUUGCACUUUCAGAGGGUUCUGAGGGUUCAGAAGAUUCUGAUGACUGUCUUUCAGAGGACUCGAUGGAACUUGAUGGCGAGGAUGCGGAAGAGAUGUCAGAAAGUUCCGACUCUGAGAAUGCAGACGACGAUAUCCAUGAUUCCUUCAGCGAGCAAGAUAUCGAUUCGUCAGCACAACAUUUUUCUACAUAUCCACAACUUUUGGGUACACCUGUUAAGACGCAAAAUUAUGCUGCAGGAUCCGAGGAUUUCAUGGAUAGUGACGAUAACGACGAAGAUGAUGACCACGAUCUGGGUCAUGUUAAUGAAAGCACUGGGGCACUCUUGAACGAGUCUGCAAAUGUGCACCUGCUAGAAUGUGUUCUUACUAAACAGAAUCGCACUGUUACCGCUGCACCCAUGAGAGAAACUACCUUCAAUUCAGUCGAUGGCAUCUUAGAUGAAAUAUUGCAUGCCGCCGAUGAGGACUCGGAAGCUUCGGAUGCGGAAUCCCACCCACCGAUUCCUAUCAGUGCAGUUCUUGGAGAAAGCUCUGCCGGUCCUGUUUCCAGUGGUCCAGUAGAUGUCCUACCUGCCAAAGACUUGUCAUAUCAACAGGGCCCUCUUGUUGGUAUCUCGCUUGCUGCUAGGCAACCGAGUCCAUCUGACGCAGCGAUGGUCAAGAAGAGUCCACCAAAAUCCACCGAGCAGACGUCCUUCUUCAAGCCCCUAGACCAUAGUCAAAUCUCGCAAGCUCUUGGCGACAAGACGGGAAAGCACGCUUUCUUCGAAGCACGAGAGAAGAAUAAAGCCAAACUUGUUUCGGAGACUGAAAACCAAAUACAAUAUGCCUUCCCUAUUCUUGAAGGCGACACUCCAAUGGGAUAUAAAAGAGCCUUGGGGGAGUGGAAUGAGUUUCCAGUAAAGCAGAACAACAACACAUUUGGUGCCACCAAAUCUUCCACCAGCGAGGCAAGCAAGUUAUCUGUAUUUCUCAAUCGUGCAUCGGAAUGGAAUACCCCGUAUCAAAUGCAAGAGUCUCUUCUCGCAAUUCCGCAAGUAUCUUCCACUAAAUUGGAACGUGCAACUAGUCCAGAUUACGACAUGACCAGCGCUGUUUCUUUCAAUGAAAGCAAAGCCAAAUCUAUUCGCUCCAGAGUAAGCAUACAUGACAUCAUCGAAAGCUCUCCUCGAGCUCCAUCUCCACCGAAAGCUGAAGCCAAGGCUGGCAAUAAGCGUAAGGCAGACGAGAUAUCUAAUUCUAUUCAAGAAGAAGUCAGAGCUUGGGCUUCGUCACCAGACCGUUCACCCGUUGAAAUGGCUACCAAUAUUGCAACGACCGUUCAAGAAGAGCGUCCGACAAAGAAGCUCAAGACGGUAUUGGACCGAGUAGCUUAUGCUGCUGUUGGGGGAUUUGCGGUGGGAGCUACACUUUUCUUUGGCCUGGUUGCAACGGCCCCCAAUUUUGCAUGAGGUUGUAGAUGGCAUGAUUUAGUCUACGAUUUCCUUUUUUUCUUUGAGACACAAUGGAAUUAGUCGCUUAGGGGGUAGCUAGGCUAGGUUGGGGGUCUAACAGGCUGGGCUAAGUAAGUUAGGGUUAGGGAGGCGCAUCGAUAAUGAUUAUGAGGGUUUCUUUUCUCAUUUCAUUUCUUUUUUCUUUUCCUCUGGCUAGGCAGGGUACACCAUAUUCACCGCAUGCAUUUCGGCGCUCUUUCCUCGAUCAGGUUUGUUUUUGGGGGGCGCUCUGAAUGAAAUGGACUCACUGGCUUUUGUGUUGAUUUUUUUCUUUUUUUGCGACGGAUGGUUUGCGAUGUUCAUUAGUGCUAGCUAGCUGGUAUAGGGUGUUCUAGCUAAAGGAAAUACACUUCACGUUUUUCUUUUGUGAUGAUAAUGUACAGAGUGAAGGGUAUGUGUGGUGUUUUUAUGUCUGGUAUUUGAAUCGUGGGGCUGUG